CAAGUACUAUUACAUUUACAUCCAUCUGAUAAGCUAAGAAGCUCGAAAAAGAAAGAGGUGCGAUAACAACAAGUAGUAAAUAUAUAGUUUCCAUCGAUGGAUUCGGAAACAGCAAUUCAGCUCCUGGAGGCUCAACGGCAAGUUUGGGAUCACUCCUUCGCCUACAUCAAAACCAUGGCUGUUCAGUCCGCUAUGGAACUGGACAUCCCAAGCGUGGUCCAGAGCCACGGCAAGCCCAUCACCGUCGGCGAGCUGGGUUCGGCCCUGAAAAUAGCACCGGCGAGAACCCCUUUCCUCGCCCGCCUCAUGCGGAUGCUGGCCCACAUGGGCUACUUCGUGGAGAAUCUGAAAGACGGCGAUGAUGAAACAGCCACGAGCUACUCCGCAACGCUGAUGUGCGGGUUUCUGGUCAAAGACAGCCCUUUCAACGCCGCAACAUGGUUCCUCCUAGCCAACGACCCGAUCGCCGUGGACCCGUGGCGCUCUUUCGGCGCUUGGAUUCGUCAACCCCCCGCUGCCUCCGUCGCCGGAGAUUUCCCGUUCACCCAUGCUCACAAAGGGAAGAAGCUGUACGAGGUGUGCAGGGAUGUCCCGCGGAUCGCGAAGAUGAUGAACGAAGGGAUCGGAAGAGACAUCUGGCUGUUCAGCAAGGCCCUGCUGGCCAAGUGUGGGUCCCACUUCCAGGGUCUCGAGUCGAUCGUGGACGUGGCCGGCCACACGGGCACGAUUUCCGAGGACCUCGCGGAGGCCUUCCCGGGGAUUCACUGCAUCGUCUUCGAUCUCGCCCAGGUGGUCUCUCCGGCUGGUGACGUGUUUCAAGAGAUUCCUCCCGCUGAUGCCGUCUUCCUCAAGUGGGUACUGUGCGACUGGAGCGACGAAUCAUGUGUGAAGAUACUGAAGCAAGCCAAGGAAGCGGUGACGAGCAGCAACAGUGGGGGAAAGGUGAUGAUAGUAGAAAUGGUGGCAGGGCACCAGAGCUGCAGCGAUCGCGAAGCGACUGGAACACUCUUGUAUCUUGACAUGGUAAUUAUGAUGACUGUUGAGGGAAAGGUAAGAACCGAACCACAGUUCGCCAAGCUCUUCUCUGAAGCUGGAUUCGCCAGUUACACCAUUACCCCAGUUUGUGGCCUGCGAGUCCUCAUUGAACUCUAUCCUUAAAUUAGUAAGUUACAUAUCUAUCCGAGGUGACUCGGAUAAUAAAGUAUUCGAGGGUUUCGUAGCAUCUACGAGCUCCCAUGCCUUAUACUAUUUUAAGGAAAACCCUCUGGCAUGCAUGAUCGCCAUUUAGUUACAAUAAAAUAAAUGUUGAAUAAUUUU